AUGACGACGGCAUCGGUGUUACCUGCCACGUCUACUUCUACAUCUCACCACAUUAUCUGCUACGACGUACAUCAUACAGUCCCCUUUAUGGCGACUCUUUAUGCGUCUGUUCUGCCGACGCGGAAGCCCCUCAUCUGUAGCCCUAUUAUCACACUGUCGUCUGCGAACAACGUCCCAUCAACCUGUCAUCCACGUCCACCGUUCCACUGCACCUCCAUCUACGAACAAUUAAUCCGUACCUGCCACAGCGCCUAUUUGCUGUACCCUCCGCCGCAGCGCCACAGGCCACUACCCGGCCCAUUGGACCUCAACAUUUCCACUGGGCGGACCAUUGCAAGGGAACAUUUUAUUGCUAGCAGCCACAGAAGCACUCUUUGUCACACUACCUCGCCUCCUCCCUGCAAUCUAUCACAUUCCCGCCCUCCGUGUCAAUCUCGUGAUGUCACACCAUAUUGUGCCUCUACUUCGCCAUCUUCUCCGUGGCGCAAGAACCCCACCACAUCACACAUCACCACACCAUUUUCCCCGGCGCCUCAGUCCUCCUCCAGCCGCUGCUGCCGCUUCCUCCGCCACCUCACUCUUGGCCAUUCGGAAUAUAAGCAAGAAACCUCUUCCUCCAGCAGCUCCAAGACAACCCAAACGCCUCAAGACUCCCUCACAAGACGCUGCAUAAGGGCGGUGCUAGCCCGCCGUCCUGCCACCCUGCCGUCCUGCCGUCCUACCCGCCUGCCGUCCUGUCGUCCUACCCGCCUGCCGUCCUGCCGUCCUACCCGCCUGCCGUCCUACCCGCCUGCCGUCCUACCCGCCUGCCGUCCUACCCGCCUGCCGUCCUGCCGUCCUAUCCGCCUGCCGUCUACCCGCCUGCCGUCCUACCCGCCUGCCGUCCUGUCGUCCUAA